UUCGAUUGGGCGCUUAAUUUUUAACCAGGAUUUGGAUCAACAUACAUACUCUUUAUAAAUUUAUAUUCUACACAUGGCAAAAUAAGUCAAGACAUUGUUUGUAAUUAUUCCAUAAAUUUUUAGUAAAACGACAAAAUGUUCAAAUAUCUGGCAGGCAUCUUUGCCAAGCCGGAUAACCACUACGUGGAUGGCCGCCUGGCCACUCCUCUCACGCCCAUUAGCCCCAGCAAGAAGGUGUCCUUGGGCAGCCAUACCCACCAGUGCGUCCAGAUGAAGCGGUCCAUGCUGACCUGCAGUGAAACGGAGGUCAAGCGGUCCAGGAAAGGCAGCCAUUCCCAGGUUCCUGGACAAUCCACGAGACAACCCAAGGUUCAUCAGGUGCUGGAACCCGACAGCUACAUUGUCAAAGUGCAGGCAUCCUCUUCCUCGAACGAUGAGGAAGAGCCCAAGCUGCCUCGAAAGAUAGGCUUUGAUUGCAACACGAAUCCUUCGCUGAAGGAGUGCCGGAGUAGCUUCUUGCGUAGCCAGAUACCUGGUCCUCCGCCCGCUAGUCGCGUUCAGAGUUGGAUGAGCCUGCAGGUUGAUGUUGGUGCUAUCAAUUGGAAGCAACUUCCCUAUGCCAGCGAUGAGGAUCUGGAAUUUUAUUCCCUGGAAUCCUCUAACUCCAAGACCAAGACCAAUGACUGGGAGUUGGGCUGGUUAUCAGACGAGUUUUGGUCAAUUGACACAGUUUUAGAUUAAAAUAUACAAAUGUAAUACAUAUA